AUGACCAAUUUUUGUUCAGAUCCACAAUCCGAGGAAUUCCGGAGCGACCCGAAGUUCGCCGCGAACACUCGAUCACCCACUGGAGUCGUCGUAGCCAGCGAUAAUCCCACUAAAUCUUAUUAUUUCAGGAGGAGGUUUGGGUUUGCAAACAACCUAGAGUCUCUUCCCGGAGAUUUGUUAUCGGACAUCCUUGCUCGUCUACCCGCUCAUGGUAUUCGAGACUCUGUAGGUCUUGUUUGCCCCAAGUGGUACCAUUUGACCCGUACAACCGACUUCAUUCACGCGCACUUUCAGCGUGCAACCUCCGGGCUCCUCUUGUACUCUUUGGUGUUCCCUAGAGAACUGAUUUUUAUCUCCAUGAAGGAGGGCCGGGUCGAGAAAUUCACGUCCCGCAAGGAAUAUGGCUACGAUGUUUGGUCCAGCUGUAACGGUCUUGUUUUUGGAAGCUCAUGGAAUAAUAAGUCUAAAUUGUGCAUCCUCAAUCCUGCAACCAAGCAACACUAUGACCUCCCUCCUUUUUGCGACAAAAGUUACGUGGAGUUUUAUUCAUGUUUAGCAUAUGUGGCGGCCUCUAAGGAGUACAAAGUGGUCUUAUGUCAUAAUGUGCGAGGAAUUGGUGGUGUGCCGGCUAAAGCAUUCACCAUAUUAACUGUUGGGGUCGAUUCCUCUUGGAGGCACGUGCGCACCCAACACUUUUCUGAAACGAGCAGGACACUGCUAUUCAACGAUACUCCAUUGACAACCGGAGGUUUUGUGCAUUGGGUCACAAAUAUGUCUGCUAAUGUUUUGACAAUGAAUGUGGAGACUGAAACUAUAUCCGAGUCGCGGGUCCCACUUUCUCGAGAUCAUAGAGGGAAGAGAAAGUUUUACCUCUCGACAGGAAGGUAUCUAACUGUAUUGGUUGCCCUUGGGAAUUUCUCGUGGGAUGUUUGGCAGAUGGAAUCAGAAACUGGGGAGUGGCUCAAGGGAGUUGGCAUUGAUUUGGAGGAUGAAAAGUGGAAGUUUGACCGGUUUCUCCAAGAUCGCGAAGAAAAUCUCGUUAUAGAUGAAGGGAUGUUGUUCGUUCCGGUCGGUUGGCUAGAUUACCCUGAGGUGCUCGUAUUUCAUCCUCCACCCAGAAAUCACAGUUGCAUCGUGUACAAGGUUCGUACACGCGAAAUUGACUCGUUUGAGUUACCGACAUUUGGUGGAUAUUAUAUCUUUAGAUUCCACAAGAAUAGUCUGUUGUCGGUCGGCUGA